AUGGCCUGCAGUAAGAGCAGCCAAUCCACUGAGGGCUGCAUCUGUCAAGAGGAGGAUCUAUGGUCCUCCCCAGACAUACUUAGCCUUCAGUUGCUAUGCCCUCUGUACCAAGAUAAGAAAUUAACUAAGUUGUUGCCUAUCCUGCUCCGCAGGUAUCAGAUAAACGAGUUGAUCACCAAGGGAGAAAUGCAGCACAAUGUGGAUCCCUCUUACCGCAAGCACUUCACACCAUUAUUCAAGAUAAUCUGUGAGUGCAUGUGUCUGGCCUUUGGCAUUGAAGUGCAGGAAUUAAAGACCAGUAGCAAAGUUUAUGCUCUUCUUCCUGUGUUAGGUCUCAAUUUUCAUGGGAUACUGGGUGAUGAUUGCCAGAGCAUUUCUAAAAUAAACCUCCUGGUAGUCCUCCUCAUUGUCAUCUUCUUGAAGGGUAACCGUAUCAGUGAGGAGGAUUUAAAGGAAUUCCUGAGAAUAAGGGAAACAUUACCUCAGAGGAAGUGCUUUGAGAUUGCAGACCCCUGGAAAUUUAUCAGAGAGGAGUUGGUACGGGCAAAGUACCUGGUGUACCAGCAGGUUCCUAACAGUGAUCCUGCUCAGUAUGAGUUCCUGUGGGGUCCUAGGACUCAUACUGAAACCAGCAAGAUGAAAGUGCUGGAGCAUUUGGCGAAGGUUAAUAAGAGAGAUCCCAAGUCCUACACACGUCUGUAUGAUGAGGCUUUGAGAGAGAAGCAAGAGACUGGGCCGGCCAAAUAG